CGGGGUCGGCCUACGGCCAGCGGCCGCCCGCGCCCCCACUUUAAGCUCUGGCCCGCGGGGCCGUGCGGGGGCUGCCGCUGCGCGCCCGCGCUCCUCGUGCACCGCCGGGCACUGGGGCGACCCCGGGCUCCCGCGCCUUGGGCGCCCGCCCGCGCGCCUUCUCCCGGGCGGCCCGCCCUUCCUCCCGGCGUGCUCCGCGGCGCGGCCAUGUUGCCGUAGUGUUGUUUUCCUCCUGCGGAGGCGACGGGCCGCUGCGCACCGCGACGCGCCGGCCUCCCGUGCUGCGCUCGCCCGGCGCGGGCCCGCGGCCGCUCCCCUGCCGCCCCGGCCCGCAGCAGCCCCGUCGGCCGGCCCGGGGCGCGGCCGGAGCGGGCCCUCGAGCGCUAUGGCGGCCGCCCUGGGCGCGGGCGGCGGAGCCGGCGCCGCAGAUGAUGAUUUUGACCAGUUUGAUAAGCCUGGUGCAGAGCGAUCCUGGAGGAGAAGAGCUGCAGAUGAGGACUGGGACAGUGAACUUGAAGAUGACUUACUUGGAGAAGAUUUGCUGUCUGGCAAAAAGAAUCAAUCGGAUUUGUCAGAUGAAGAGCUAAAUGAUGAUCUUUUACAGAGUGAUAAUGAAGAUGAAGAAAAUUUCAGUUCUCAGGGUGUCACGAUGAAUCUGAAUACGACUUCUAGCAUGGUUACCUCAUUUGAACUGUCUGACAACACGAAUGACCAGUCUGGAGAACAGGAGUCUGAGUAUGAGCAAGGAGAGGAUGAAAUAGCUUACCACAAAUCCGACGGACCAGAUUUGUACACUCAGGAGUACCCAGAGGAAGGGCAAUAUGAAGGCCAUGAUGCAGAGUUGACAGAAGACCAGAUAGAGUAUGGGGAAGAGCCAGAGGAAGAGCAGCUGUACAGUGACGAAGUGUUGGACAUUGAAAUCAAUGAACCUUUAGAUGAAUUUACAGAUGAAGAACACUUGCAGGCUUGUGGUGGGCAACAAGGGCUGCAAGAGCAGGAAGACUGUGUUGCUGAAGAUGAAUUAGAUGAGAUUACUGAUUCCCAGGUUGCUUCUGAGACCCAAGAGGGAGGUAUGGAAACUUUGGAGCUCCAGAAGGACAUAAAAGAAGAAUCAGAUGAAGAGGAAGAUGAUGAUGAAGAAUCUGGACGAUUACGUUUCAAAACUGAAAGGAAAGAAGGAACAAUUAUUAGACUCUCAGAUGUAACUAGAGAGAGAAGGAACAUUCCAGAAACUUUGGAGCUUUCAGCAGAAGCCAAAGCUGCAUUGCUUGAAUUCGAAGAAAGAGAGCGGCAGCACAAGCAGGGCCGCUACGGCUCCCGGCGGGGAGGAAGGAGAGGCGGCUCUCUGAUGUGCCGAGGAAUGGGCGACCAGAGGAGAGAGGGCAGCGAGCGGGGCAGGAUGAAGGACCACAGGCCCGCUCUGCUUCCUGCACAGCCUCCUGUCGUGACUCACUCUCCGAGACUAAUCCCACCUCCACAGCCUCAGCCUCCACCUCCACCUCCGCCUCCUCAGCAGCAGCCAAUCAGAAGUCUGUUCCAGCAGCAGCAGCUACAACCUCUGCUUCCCCUGCAGCACCCACAUCACCCUUCCCCACCUCAGGGAGUGCACAUGCCCCCCCAGAUAGAGACCCCGAGGAUGAUGCUGACGCCCCCUCCUGUGACGCCACAGCAACCCAAGAACAUCCACAUCAACCCACACUUCAAGGGGACGGUGGUGACCCCUGUUCAAGUGCCCUUGCUGCCCGUACCAAGCCAGCCGAGGCCUGCCGUGGGACCCCAGCGAUUCCCAGGCCCUCCGGAGUUCCCACAGCAUACGCCUGGACCUGUUCCCAGCAGUUUCAGCCAGCCGCCCCGCCUUCCUCUGCAGGAGCAGUGGAGAGCUCCACCGCCCCCGCAGGAGCGAGACCCGUUUUUUCUGGGAGUUUCAGGUGAACCGAGGUUCCCAAGUCAUCUUUUCUUGGAGCAGCGAAGUCCCCCUCCACCACCACCUCCACCCACGCUUCUGAAUAGCAGCCACCCUGUUCCUGCUCAAAGUCCCUUACCAUUCACUCAGCCUGGACCAGCAUUUAAUCAGCAAGGACAGCAGCCAGUGUUCCCAAGAGAGAGGCCCGUAAGACCAGCCCUGCAGCCCCCAGGUCCAGUGGGGAUCCUGCACUUUAGCCAGCCAGGGUCAGCAGCCACCCGGCCUUUCAUUCCUCCUAGACAGCCCUUCCUGCCUGGCCCAGGACAGCCGUUCCUGCCCACACACGCCCAGCCGAACCUUCAGGGGCCGCUGCAUCCUCCAUUGCCGCCGCCUCAUCAGCCGCAGCCACAGCAGCAGCAGCCCCAGCAGCAGCCCCAGCACCAUCAGCACCAGCCCCAGCACCAUCAGCACCAGCCCCAGCACCAGCCCCCACUCCAGCCCCAGCUGCAGCCGCCGCACCAGCCACCUCCCCAGCACCAGCCACCUCCCCAGCACCAGCCGCAGCACCAGCCGCAGCAGCACCAGCACCACCACCACCUUCCUGCCCCUCCGCCUCCUCUGAUGCCCAUGUCUCAGCCACAGUUCAGGCCCCACGUGCAGACUGCUCAGCCCCAGCCCAGCAGUAGCCGGAUGCAGUGUCCCCCACGCCAGGGGCUGCGGCACAAUGCAGCAUCUCAGAACGUAACCAAGCGGCCCAUGCAGCAGAUGCAGCCCACUGCUCCCAGAAACAGUAAUUUGCGCGAGUUGCCCAUUGCGCCCUCACACGUAAUGGAAAUGAGUGGCAGUCGCUGCUCCUCCACACCUGCAGCUCAAGUGAAGCCCAUCAGCACAUCCCCACCCGCAAGGGCUGUGGUGGCUUCCAGAAGCUCACAGGCGAAGACAGAAGCAAAAGUCAAGCCAGCGAGCCCUGUGGCUCAAACAAAGGAAGAAGCAAAACCAGAAGCAGAGUUUCCUGAUGAAGAUGAAGAAACAAGGUUAUAUCGCUUAAAGAUAGAGGAGCAGAAACGCCUGAGAGAAGAAAUCCUGAAGCAGAAGGAGUUGCGCCGACAGCAGCAGGCUGGUGCCCGGAAGAAGGAGCUGCUGGAGAGGCUUGCGCAGCAGCAGCAGCAGCAGCAGCAGCAGCAGCAGCUCUAUGCCCCUCCAGCCCCAGUGGAGCAAGAGGAGCAGGCGGCUGCACCCUCACCUACCAAUGGUAACCCACUGCUACCCUUUCCAUGCGCACAGGGCAGGCAGAAUGUGAAAAACAGACUUCUUGUUAAAAACCAGGAUGUCACCAUUUCAAAUGCUCAGCCCAAAACAUCAACCUUUGUGCCAUCUGGUGCUAACAUGCAGUAUCAAGGACAGCAGAUGAAACCACUGAAACAUGUGAGGCAGGCCAAAGCAGUCCCUCAGAGUCAGACGCAGCCUCUGCACAAGGUGGUCCAGGUCAAACCUGCAGAUGUGGAGGACCCAACACCCCUGCCACAGGCAGCCCGCCCAGCGUCCCUCCAGGGCCGGCCCCAGGACAUGAAGCCUGGCGUGAAGAGGACUGUCAUGCAUCGGGCCAACAGUGGAGGUGGUGGAGAUGGGCCGCAUGUCAGCUCCAAGGUCAGAGUGAUUAAGUUAUCAGGAGGGCAGGGAGGAGAAAGCGAUGGAUUUUUUCACCCAGAGGGCCAGCCCCAGCGGCUUCCUCAGCCUCCAGAAGUGAGACAGCAGCCUACCCGCAAGGUGACACUGACCAAGGGGGUUCCUCAGCAGCCCCAGCACCCGCCCAUGGGACCCCACCUACACCCUGCUGUUCCUCCAGGGAUCAAAAGCAUCCAAGGCAUCCAUCCGGCCAAGAAGGCAAUCAUGCAUGGACGAGGCCGAGGUGUGGCAGGUCCCCUGGGCCGGGGACGCCUGAUGCCGAAUAAGCAGAACCUGCGGGUGGUGGAAUGCAAGCCGCAACCCUGUGUGGUGUCCGUGGAGGGGCUGUCCUCAUCUACCACUGAUGUCCAGCUGAAGAGCCUGUUGAUGUCGGUGGGGCCCAUUCAGAGUUUACAGAUGCUUCCUCAGCAGCGGAAAGCCAUAGCGAAGUUCAAGGAGCCAGCCCAUGCGCUAGCAUUUCAGCAGAAGUUCCACAGGCACAUGAUAGAUUUGUCCCACAUCAACGUGGCCCUGAUCGUGGAGUGACUGCUCCUGGGAGAGCCUGCCCUCAACGCUGCACACACACUGGAGUUUCUUCAGGGAGGCUGCCGGCCAGCGCAGGAGUCCCAGGACCUAGGGCUCUCCGGUGUGCAGUCUGCUAACUGUUGUCCGGAGCACCAGCCAGCCCCAGGGUGAUUCCCGAAGAGCUGAACUGAGGGGACAUGGCGAGUGGAGUUUGGUGUUAGAUAGCUUCAGAUUCUGUUGUCCACAAGAACUCCGGUUCUCGUUUUCUUUUGUUUCCAAGUGCUUUCGAUGCAUGUAGACCUGGUUCUUUGUGAUCCUGCUGUGUGAUCGAGCAGUGACUUAGAUUCAGGAAAGAACUUUACCGUACGUCACAGACCCUAAGUAUUCUUCACAGCAAAGAACAUUUGAUAAUGGUUGCACCUAUCUUCAGUGCAGGCUAGACAAGAUGCUCUCAGCCACGCCUUCUGGCGGCACCUCCGGCCUCAGGCCCCGGUGAGAGUAGGUUAAAAUGUGGGUGCCUGUUGAUUGGCACGUGCACAUCAUGGGGAGCAGGGUGUGAGUGGGUGGUUGGGAGUAGUGCUAAUGGGAGUGACAAUUCUGCUUCUUGUAAAUAUCUCAAAAGUGCCAGUUGCAUGUUCCUGGUUCCCAGGUGAGCUUCCACCUGUUCACACUUUCCCAGACGAGGUGCAGUGUUGGCCAGGUACCAGGUGCCCCAUGACCCAGAGUGGGGCAGGUCCUGCGACCUGCAGACUGCCCUCUGGCCCAGCUUCUGCCUGUGAGGUUGAGGCCUGUUGCGGGUGGACACGGUAUUCCUCCUUCUGAAUGCAGCCCCAGGUGGCACACCAUCUCCCUGGCUAGGUGUCGUGUACUAUCACUGCUUUGAUUGCUUUUUGUUUUGUAGAUCUUUUGAGCAGGGGUAUCACAGUCCUUCAGGGACCCGAGAGUCUCCUCUGCUUGCUGUUCUCCAUGGUGCGUGGUGUGAGGGAUGGCCAUCUCACAGGCUGUGCCACUUGAGAUAAAGGGUGUCUGUUGUCUCCUAGUUUUCUGAUGACUCCUCAGGUGAGACUCGCUCUCCAAAGCAGCCUCUAGCAGAGUCCCUGCUGGGCACACUGAGAAGUGCCUUAUUGUGCUUCUGCCCAUGAAUGUCGCUAUUGGGUAUGCAGUCUGGAUUGUUUGCACAGGUGACACCAGUGCACACUCAAGACUUCCACCUCUAUUUUACACCUGUGAUUUCAUGUCACGUUUAUUAGUGGAGCUGAGGGAAAUAGAAGCCUAUUGUCACUUACUGCCUCUGCUUAACCCAGCGAGGACCAGCCUGAGCCUUGAAGCUCUUUGGAGUUGCCUUGUAGGAGCUAAGGGGAAGGGGCACCAGAUUUGUAGCAGCUGUUUCACACAGCUGAAGUUUUACAUGACGUGUUCAAAUUAAGUUUCCAGUGUUAAGAACUGGAGAAUGUUACUCCAGGCCCUGUGAGUCUUCCCAUAGCAUUAAUUCUAAGGUGACAUCUUGUGCCUAGGAGGAACACUGGGAAGUGUGGGUGGUUGUUUGGGUUCUAGGGAAGUACGGCAGGCGGGUCAUCCUAGAGAACCCUGCGGCUGUGAUGCCAACUCUGUCCAGAAGCCUCAUGGCUUGGCAGGUGGACUGUCACCAGCCCCACCAUGCCCACAGCAGGGUCUACACACGAGUUCCUUUGAGUGCCGUCAGCUGGUCAGCACACUCACUGCCGUUUAACGUUCAGUUAGACACAGGGUGUUCACAUCCGUAGGAGUGCAGUGUAUCUGGCCCAGUCCACAGAGAACUGUGCUGGAGUGAUGAGUUUGGUAGUCUGUAAGCUCCAGUGAAGAGAGAUCCAGAGCACUCAGGACCCGCUGGGGCCUGGGAAGCUUUAUUUCAUCAUCAAGGACUUAUGAUCCAAUACCAUGAGUUUAAUAGAUUUUUGCCACUUUCUCAAACAGUCUGAGUUCUCUGCUUUUAAAGCCCCAUCUUCAUGUUCUGCAGGGCAGGCAUGGGAACACUGAGGUUAGGGUUGAGAGAACAAGCCCUCUUCGGGCACCACCGCUGCAGACAGGCCUCAGGGCCACCCCACGGUCUGCUUGUGGCUUUGUCGAAUGUGACGCGCGUACCUGGGGGCACGUGCGUGUCCGUAACUGUCUGCGCACGAGAGCAGGCUUUCUCUUCCCGCAGUGUCCUGAGAGACCGUGCGUCAGUCGGGCCUGCACACAGCCCCAUUAGAACAGCCAGGCACAGGCCAGCCUCUCCACACACAGCAUCGAGAGCUCACUCUCAGUACCGGGCAGGCCAGUGCUGAAGGCUCAGUUUCCUUGAAAGAACCCACAGAAGAGGAAAGAAGCAGAAUUAGAGAGUCGUGUCGUUCCAUUUUCGGUGCACUCUGGCAGCAAAGUCAAACCGUGCGCCUGAACCCUCGUGGAAGAUCUGCUGCAACCAUUAUCUUUGUUCUUUCUUUAUCAUGCAUUUAAAAUGAGAUGCAAAAGCAUUAGCAUACUGUGUAAAUAUGGACCUUUUAAAAUUAAAACGUUGUUGGAAGUGCUUUCCGCUCAGCAACAUCUUAGCUAUUUGUUAGUUCUUUUGUGUUGUCUUAUCAGAGUUCAAUGGAGACACUUCAUUUUGUGAUGUGUUUGUGUGUACAUUCGAUUUUUAUAAAGAUGGUAGUUAAGUCAAUA